GGACACGCCCCACCCCACCCCCCCUAAAUUUUCUCUUUGCAGGGAAUUUUCUCUCUCUUCUGUUCCCUCCCUCCCUCCUUCGUCCGGUCCGCUUCCCCUCCCGUCCCAUUCUCCGGCGCCGUUUCGUCCCUUCUCUUUUCUCUUUCACUCCCUAAAUUCCUCUCUGAGCCCCUCUUCGUUUUUAAACCCGCCGUCGGUCUCUCCGCAACCAGCUUCCCAACAGUCCACGGCUUCGAGCUCUGUUUCUUCUUUGCUCUGAGUCAAAGAUCAGAACUGGAGGUCUUAGGGUUUCGGCAGAUCUGCGCCGCGUAGUGUACAGAAAGAGAGAACUGAGCGUGGUGGUUGUUGUUGUGGUGACGUGGCCGUUGAUGGUAUUGCACGGAGGCGCGAGAGCGAGUUGGAAGGUAGAUGAUGAACGGAGCUCCGGCGGGGAAUCGGAGAGGGUGGUGGCGUUACGGUAAUUUCUCUCACAUGGAAUGGCAGAUCUUGUUAGCUACGGGAAUGCCAACCGUGACAUCGACCAGGCAAUAAUUGCUUUGAAGAAGGGUGCUCAACUACUGAAAUAUGGUCGUAAGGGAAAGCCUAAGUUUUGUCCAUUUAGACUUUCUACUGAUGAAUCAACUUUGAUCUGGAUUUCAAGUAGCGAAAGAAGUUUGAAGUUGGCUUCUGUCACAAGAAUUGUUCCUGGACAAAGAACUGCUGUCUUUCAACGAUAUUUACGUCCUGAAAAGGACUAUUUAUCAUUUUCUCUUAUAUACAAUAACGGAAAGCGGUCUCUUGAUCUGAUUUGCAAGGACAAAGUUGAGGCAGAAGUGUGGAUUGCAGGCCUUAAAGCACUACUUUCCUCUGGCAGAGGUGGGCGUUCAAAAAUUGAUGGAUGGAGUGAUGGAGGCCUCUACCUUGAUGAUGGCAAGGACUUGACAUCAAAUAGUCCUAGUGAUAGUUCUGCUAGUGGUGCACGAGAUAGUGGCUCUCCAGAGAUUUCUGUUAAUUUCAAACCAAAUACUUCGCCUAAGAGUUUUCCCCCUGAAAAUUCUCCAGUUUCUGAGAGGUCACAUGCUGCAUCAGACCUGACAAAUAUGCAAGUUAAAGGAUCUGGUUCAGAUGCAUUUCGAGUUAGUGUUUCAAGUGCUCCUAGCACUUCAAGUCAUGGUUCUGGACCGGAUGAUUGUGAAGCUCUAGGUGAUGUGUACAUAUGGGGUGAGGUUAUUUGUGAUAGUGUUGUUAAGGUUGGGGCUGAUAAAAAUGUGAAUUAUUUGAGCCCGAGAUCAGAUGUGCUUGUCCCUAGGCCAUUAGAGUCCAAUGUUGUUUUGGAUGUCCAUCAUAUAGCCUGUGGGGUCAAGCAUGCAGCCUUGGUCACGAGACAAGGUGAAGUGUUUACAUGGGGUGAAGAAUCUGGAGGACGACUAGGGCAUGGUGCUGGGAAGGAUGUUGUUCAACCUCAUCUAGUUGAAUCUCUGGCAGCUACUAGUGUUGAUUUUGCAGCAUGUGGAGAAUUUCAUACAUGUGCUGUUACAAUGGCUGGGGAACUUUAUACGUGGGGAGAUGGUACGCAUAAUGCUGGGCUACUUGGUCAUGGCACUGAUGUCAGCCAUUGGAUACCAAAGAGAAUUUCGGGUCCUCUUGAGGGACUUCAAGUUGCUUCUGUAACUUGUGGUCCAUGGCAUACAGCCUUGAUAACAUCAACGGGGAAACUCUUCACAUUCGGUGAUGGCACAUUUGGCGUCUUAGGCCAUGGAGACAGAGAAAAUGUUCCUUAUCCGAGAGAAGUAGAAUCCCUAUCAGGGUUGAGGACAAUAUCUGUUGCAUGUGGGGUGUGGCACACUGCUGCUGUGGUGGAGGUUAUUGCAACACAAUCUAGUGCAAGUAUUUCGUCAGGUAAGUUGUUUACUUGGGGUGAUGGAGAUAAAAAUCGUCUCGGGCAUGGGGACAAGGAAGCCCGACUUAAACCGACUUGUGUUCCAGCCCUUAUUGACUACAGUUUUCACAAAAUUGCUUGCGGGCACAGUUUAACAGUUGGCUUGACGACUUCAGGACAUGUUUUUACAAUGGGCAGUACUGUUUAUGGUCAGCUUGGGAAUCCCAAUUCUGAUGGAAAGCUACCUUGCUUGGUAGACAAACUCGGUGGGGAUUGUAUUGAAGAAAUUGCAUGUGGUGCUUAUCAUGUAGCAGUAUUAACAUCCAGGAAUGAAGUUUAUACAUGGGGAAAGGGAGCUAAUGGGAGAUUAGGCCAUGGAGAUGUUGAAGAUCGGAAAACACCGACUUUGGUUGAAGCUUUAAAGGAUAGACAUGUGAAAUAUAUUUGUUGCGGUUCAGAAUAUACAGCAGCUAUUUGUCUUCACAAAUGGGUAUCUGGUGCUGAGCAGUCACAGUGCUCUGCUUGUAGACAGGCUUUUGGGUUCACAAGGAAGAGGCACAACUGCUAUAAUUGUGGACUUGUGCACUGCCACUCAUGCAGUUCAAAAAAAGCAACAAGGGCAGCUCUGGCUCCAAAUCCUGGAAAACCAUAUCGAGUUUGUGAUCCUUGUUAUGUGAAAUUGAAUAAGGUGUCAGAAACUGGUAGUAAUAACAGAAGGAAUGCUAUACCUCGGUUGUCGGGUGAGAACAAGGACAGGUUGGACAAGGCUGACAUAAGAUUAUACAAGACUGCUGUACCAUCGAAUAUGGAUUUGAUAAAGCAAUUAGAUACUAAAGCAGCCAAGCAGGGAAAGAAAGCUGACACAUUUUCACUUGUCCGCUCUGCUCAAGCACCUUCAUUGUUGCAAUUAAAGGAGGUUGUUAUGUCAACGGCUGUUGAUCUGCGACGAACAGUUCCCAAACCAGUUCUUACACCAUCUGGAGCAAGUUCAAGGUCCGUGUCCCCUUUCUCGAGGAGACCAAGCCCCCCUCGUUUUGCAACUCCUGUUCCUACUACAUCAGGACUUUCCUUCUCAAAAAGUAUUGCUGAUAGUCUGAAGAAAACAAAUGAACUUUUGAAUCAGGAGGUGCUAAAAUUACGCUCACGGGUUGAGAGCCUUAGACAGAGAUGUGAUCGUCAAGAAUUAGAGCUUCAGAAUUCUUCAAAGAAAGUACAAGAAGCAAUGGCAUUGGCCGCAGACGAAUCUGCUAAAUCUAAAGCUGCAAAAGAAGUUAUAAAGUCACUAACCGCACAGCUCAAGGAUUUGGCGGAACGGCUUUCACCUGGGGUUUAUGAUACAGAGACCAUAAAGCAGGCAUUACUGCCAAAUGGUUUGGAGCCAAAUGGCAUUAACUAUCCAGAUGCUAAUGAAGAGCAGCAUUCAAGAUCGACUUCCAUCAGCAGUUCUUACUUGAUCUCCUCCUUGGGAAUCGACUCUGCUACAACAAAUGGAAAUCACGGGCCGACUCUUUCACCCAAGGGUCAACUUGGAACAAACGAAACAAUCGUGCAGCACAGUCGGGGCCCUCUCACCCCCAAUGGGAUGAUAAACUCCCCAGAUAAACUACCCAAUGGUGGUGGAUCAUUUGAGACAGUUGGUAGUAGUGCGUCUGAAACUGUUGAUGGCAGGGAAUCCGGGCCUUUUCGAGAUGGGGAGAAUGGUGCGAGAUCCAUGAAUUCUCCAUCGCCUGCUAAUGGUAAUACAGUUGAGGCAGAAUGGAUUGAACAAUAUGAGCCUGGUGUUUAUAUAACUCUUGUGGCUCUCCGGGAUGGAACUAGAGAUCUCAAACGAGUGCGCUUCAGCCGAAGGAGAUUUGGAGAGCACCAAGCACAGAUCUGGUGGUCGGAGAAUCGUGAGAAAGUGUAUGAGAAGUACAAUGUGCGUGGGUCAGACAGAUCUUCGGUUGCUGGCUCAGCUGCACGUAGAUCAGACGGAGCUCUCUCACCGGCCUCAUCUCAACAGGCUUAGUAGAGGAGGGGAAGGAGGAGGGCACUACUCCGUUAACUUAUUUUGUAUGAAUUACUGUGUAGGUGGUAUUGAGAGGAAGCAACAAAAGGGUGGCGGGUAUGAAGGGAAGCAUGCAAACCACCUCUUUUGCCUUUAAUUUUGUUUCUCCCCUUUCAUUCCUUCCCAAUUUCACCCUUUUUUUUGUUUUUUUGUUUUGUUUUUAGAUUGAUUUUCUCUCUUCCAUUUAAUUUAUGGGUAUUUACCCUUUUAUACACCUGUUGUAUUGUAGUGUAUAUAAAAUCUUCAUUUAUGAGACGAUGAUCUGAGCAAAUCAAAGUCUCUUCUUGCUCUUCCAUA